AGGUUAUGCAAUCACUCUGAAAAACGUCAACCUAAUCCCGGCCAAAUUUUUUUUUCGACUCGCAUAAGGUUUCUUGUUCAGCGUUCAGUCAUGUCGUCAUUCCUGGCUAUAAUGCAGAAGACCGAGCCUGUGGUCAUCGUCCGUUGCGUGUCCUGGCGAGUGGCCCGAACCGGGCUCACCGCUUACCGGGCUUGCCGGAGAUGGGGGGUGGGGGCGCGUCAAAAACGUUCCCACUAUCAACCCUCCCGGCUUCAACCCGGACCAAGUGGGUGCCCCGAAGUAGGGUCCCGCCCGCGUGCGGCAAGGCCACAGUUUGCUCAACUUUCACACAGUAUGCCGAUGACAGUAAGACAUCUGGAUACUCCAAGUCGUGGACAGUGCCAGGUGCGGAGUUUGACUGGGGCGGUACAUCUCCAAAACAAUAACGGAGGUGUCCAAAGGUCAUGCACCAGCUGUAUCUUUGUCUGCACAGGCAGUUUAGAGAUACUGAUGAUGAUGGCCAUCGAGUACGACUUGGCCAUUUCGUUGAAGGUUGGGCGCUGCUCAGUUUUUAGUCUGUCUAGCCCCAUGAUCUUUUUCGGUUGGGGAUCCUUCCUGCACUCACUAUUGUUCGAACGCUUUCGCAUGGCUCCGAUUGCUGCACCGGACUGGUCUGUGUCCUCCUUGGUCACUCUCUGAUCUUCGUCUCUACCUGGAGAUAUGAGAAUGGACGAAGUGCAGGACACAACUUCCUCCAACGAGCCACUAUUCAGUAGAUCCGUAAGUUCCUCUUAGUGUUUUCCGUCAGAGCCCCAAAUCCCAGUCCUAGUUUUGCGUAGGACUGGGGCUCGAAAAGUUGAUUCCCGUGGCCAUUCAUCCCUCGGCACGGGUCGCGUCUCACCUCUGAGUGGGGCUUAAAUUUCACGGUAUGGGUUUUGCGGUCCCCCCGUUGGUACCCUCUCAUUCUGCUGCUACAGUACAAGGCUGAUAGCAUCCAGUCGAAGUCGGUCUAACAACCAAAUGUCAUCAAUAGACUCACGUGGAGGCAUGAGAUAGGAAACUUAUGAGCGCUAUGUUAUCUUCGCAUUUGACGGCACAGCUGUUGUUAGUCGCCUCUUGCAACAUGGGAACUGAAUCAGGAAUCUGGAAUCAGUUGCGUCUGGUUCAAAUGCCAUACGUUCCCCAUGUUGAUCGGAGAUUUGUGCUUUGCCAUGAAUCGUCUUUUCACCAUUUCCCUGAUGGGAAGGAUUUGGGAAGUGGUAAGGUUAGGGGUGAUGAAAAUAACGACACAGAACAAUCAAAACAGAGCAUUUUGCCCCCGGAACGAUGCUGAAAGAUCUGCAGAUGCGAAAAUAGCAGGAAUAAAAUCUCCAACCCCCGGAGGGAUUUGAAUAUGUAUUUAAACAGUGAGCGGAUGAAACAACACCCCCGAGGGGAUAUUGAGAUAACAGAACGUCAACACCCCCGAAGAGAUAUUGUCAUUCAAAUACGGCUAAAACUAUAGCUCUUUACCACACUGGAUUAGGAACAAUAGCAUAUCCUUGAGCUUCAGCUCUCUGUACAAAGGUGCAUCUAUAUAUGGAGAACCUGAAAUCCGGAUACGCAAUUGCAUUAUAUAUCAAAUGUUAUAAAGUUCCGUAACCGGAUUCACAAAGGUCACAUGAAUAAUACUUAGCACGCUGAAUUGUAGCCAUGUGAUAAUUGAGAUUACAAUGUCCAGUCAGUGCCCUGACUAGAAUACUACAAUUGUGCUUGGAAAAAUGCAAGAAAUUCUUUGACGUUUUCGGACUCAAAACGCAAGCUUGCAAGCUACGCCAAGGAUUGGCAAACUCGGAUGCAGCCCAAGAGCGAAUCUUAUGCUUUAUCUAACUUAUCGACAGUGGUAGAACUGGUUCUGGAUUAACGAAGUCAGUCGUAGCGCCAGCUCUAAUCAAUUCGUCCGCCCAUUCAGUUCCAGUAAUACCGGAAUGACCGGGUACCCAUAGAAAGUGGAUAGUAUUUGAAAUACUAAGUUCUUCGAUUUGAGUUCGACAUGCGAUUACUAAUUUCGAUCUCGAAUCUACCGAACUAAGUGCGAGAGGUUUCAGCCGCCGGAAACCGUGCGGCAUAAUCUGGCUUCAGAACUAGUCGUCGAUGUAGACUCUGCUCAAAGUCAUCAUAGAAAUGAUAAGCUAAAGCAGCCGAAGCAACGGGAAUAGCAACAACGUUCAUACCCAGAAAGGAAAGGGAGCCCCAGUUGCAAACAUUUCGAAGGUCUGUUCGUACUGCGGAAACGAUGGUCAUCAGAUGCUGAACUGUUCUAGUUUCAAGUCAUGGGAUACGGGAUACGAGAUGUGUACGGACAGUGAGUGAGCUUGGCCUUCAGAGUCAAACCAAAUACAUAUUUGUAUUUGAUAAGUCCUAUAGGACUCCGUGCGCGACUCGCAUAAUUUAGUCUUGCCAGUCCGCGGGUUGGGAGCAGAAGCCCAGAGGUUUAAUUUCAAGCUGAGAUACAUCAACUCACCGGAUGCCACACGCUCUUUAAGCUGGGUUUGUCCGGAGAAACCUUAUUCUUAACCUCCUAGUAGACCACAGCCGCUGCCUACUAACCGUACAGAACAACAGGGAGUAACCGCGAUUUAUAUAUAGAGUACACUUUUUGCACGUCCGUAAGCUAUGGGACUUCGAUUGAUUACACAAGCUACAACCACGCCUUACAUGUCACCAGUAUUUCAAGAUUUCGUCGACAACCUCGUACCAUACUCCAACGAUUUCUAUCUCGGAGCCUACACCGUUCGGACUGCUUCGCUCUGUACCUACCUACCCUUUACCGAAGACUGCAUAUCAAGAAGAUUAGCAACUCUGCCCAGAAUCUGGAGACAGUAACAGCAACGCCACUUGCGGGUAAAGGUGGUACUUCCCAUAGUGAUGCACACAUACAUAUACAUUUUUACAUUAAGCUGGAGGAAGGUGUCCAAUAGCGGCCCUGGAACCUCUGUCGCUUCUCGUUUGUAUGGGGGAAGGAAAGAGAUAUCAGUCUUCUUAAUAUGUAGAUCGUAGAUCGCCUUUACUUUGCCAUAGUAAAGUUUAUGGUCAGUCCGAUUCUCGAAGUCUUUUUUUAAUAAUGAAAUUGAUUUGUAUUUGAUGUAACCAUCAACUGUCGGUCAGGACAGAUUGCUUCAGAAACGGGAACACUUGCAACCUUAAGCACCACAGGGAACGACUUUUUUCCUCGCAGUUUUGGCUGAUCUAGUAGGCGAUGCUUUAAAAAACCGUCUGAACCCGAAAAAAAUACAGCCACAAUCUGUACAGCUACUAGUAUUGUUCUUGUUCGUAACAAACACCUGUUCCUGGCAGGAUGACCUUCUCGCUGAUGACCACCGUCAUCAAACGCAUCGCCGCGAAUACCCACAUUACCAAUUACCGUCUGCAAAAGGGCAACGGAAUUUUACAGCAAGUUCGCAAUGCCAGCAACUGGUACCCGGAUGUAGAAUUCAUCCAGCAAUUCAAUUCCGCCGUCAUGUACCCGGACGCGGUCACAUCCAGGUGGAAAAUUCCACCGUGGAACAGCAAACUUGCCCCCGCCGAGAGAACGGUACGCAAUGUACGAAUCAACUUUGGUCCGCAACAUCCGGCGGCGCACGGUGUUAUGCGCAUGAUACUGGAGCUCGAUGGUGAAACUGUGAUGAGAGCAGAUCCGCAUAUUGGACUGUUGCAUCGGGGUACCGAGAAGCUGAUUGAAUACAAAACAUACACCCAAGCUUUGCCGUACUUUGAUCGAUUGGAUUACGUCUCGAUGAUGUGCAACGAGCAGUGCUUCGCUUUGGCCGUUGAAAAGUUGCUAAACAUUGAUAUUCCACUGCGAGCCAAGUAUAUCCGGGUGCUGUUUGGGGAAAUCACACGACUUUUGAAUCAUCUGUUGUCCAUUUCAACUCACGGUUUGGAUUGUGGUGCUAUGACCCCGUUUUUCUGGCUGUUUGAGGAACGUGAAAAGCUGAUGGAGUUUUACGAACGCGUUUCCGGCGCUCGGAUGCAUGCUGCCUACGUUCGUCCCGGUGGUGUGGCACUGGAUAUGCCACUGGGUUUGAUGGAUGAUAUCUACGAGUUUAGUUCCAAGUUUGGCGAGCGGUUGGAUGAAGUGGAAGAUGUUCUGACUUCCAAUCGUAUUUGGAUCUUGCGUACGCAGGAUAUCGGCGUCAUUUCGGCGGAAGAUGCUUUAAACUAUGGUUUCAGUGGUGUAAUGCUUCGGGGUUCCGGUAUUAAAUGGGAUCUUCGCAAGACGCAGCCGUAUGAUGCAUAUGAUCUAAUGGAUUUCGAUGUACCGAUUGGUACUAAGGGUGAUUGUUACGAUCGUUUUCUGUGCCGUUUGGGAGAGAUGCGUCAAUCGCUACGAAUCAUCGAUCAGUGUCUGAACCAGAUGCCAGCAGGGGAAGUCAGAACGGAUGACGCUAAGCUGAUACCACCGACACGUGCGGAGAUGAAGAAUUCCAUGGAAGCGUUGAUUCAUCACUUCAAACUAUUCACCGAGGGCUAUCAGGUUCCGCCGGGUUCUACUUACACCGCCGUCGAAGCACCGAAGGGCGAAUUUGGCAUCUAUUUGGUCUCGGAUGGUUCCAGUAAACCGUACCGCUGUAAAAUCAAGGCUCCCGGAUUUGCCCAUCUAGCAGCGAUGGAUAAACUUGGAAGGUACCAUAUGCUUGCGGAUAUCGUAGCCAUCAUGGGAACGCUCGAUGUUGUAUUCGGCGAAAUCGAUCGUUAGACGUUGCGAUUACGGUGACCUGUAAACUACUGUUAUGAAUAAAGAAAAAUAAAUUCAUUUUAAUGUUUUUGUGAACUAGUUGAGACUAAUUUUUAAGAAUUAGUGAGUUAAGCUGAAACGUUUCACUAAAAUAAUGUACCCGAUUUUC